UGUCUCGCCUGGAGGAGCCCUUGCGGUGGCGGCGGCUCGGCGGACCGGACCCCGAGGUCGUGGAGGCUCUGCGGCGCGGCUCCCGAGCAGCUCACGGCGGACAGCAGGAGGCUACUGACCGAGGCCGACAAGACAUCCAGACGGGUGCAAGCAGGCGCUAAACAGAGACUAGAGCAGCGUUUACGAGAUAUCCAGUACCUACGGGAAGAGCUGGAGCGGAGGCUAGAGGAAGUCCUUGAGGAGACUGAAGCUCUGGUGGCCUUCAGAACGCGGGUGGAGAGAGCCCUGGAGGCAUGCUCGGACCCUCUGAGGGCCACCCUGCUCUGCCUGGAGGAGAGAAGCAGACGUGCUGCCGUGGAGCAGGGGCCUGACGAGGUGGAGAGAGAGCUGCUGCAGGAGAUGGAGGUGUUCCAGGGGGUGGCUGCCUUGUUGCAGCGCAUGCUGGAGCAGAUUGUUGAACAGAUACGACUGAACCGCUCGGCCAAGUACCACCUGGAGAAGGAUCUGAAGGACAAGUUUCAGGCCCAGAGCAUCGAUGACUUGUGCAUAUUGAUGACCAACAACUCCUUCAACCCCGACAAAAGGCCCACAGUCCUCCCGCUCACCCAUCCACCCAGCAUGGCGGUGAGUCCGGAUGAGUGGGAGGGGCUCUCGGUCGUCAACAUUAGCCGUGCGGAGCAGGAGAAGGCUAACUCUGCGUCGCUGCGAGCCCUGGUGUCCUCCCUUCUGGAUCAGACUGCCUGCGACAUGCGCAGCCGGCUGCGGGCCACCGCCUUGGCUUUCCAGCGCAAGAUCCAGGAGACCAAGACGGCCAAGGCUCAGAUGGAGGAGCAUCUGGCCAGGGUCCAAAGUGAGGUGAGCAGCCAGAAGAGGAACCGGGUGGCCCUGGGAGUGGCGAUGGCUGAGAAGGAGCUCCCGCUGAGCGUGGCCCAGGCCCGGCUCUCUGCUCGCGCUAAGAGACCCGGCACCGAGCUGUGCCAAGACCCUGCACAGAUCCUGCUGCUGGCGGAGGUUCAGGAACUCACUGCUCACAUCCACAGAAUGCGCACGGCAGCCUCCCAGUCUGACGCCGCGCAGCAGAGCCUUGUCCGCUGCCAGCUGGAGCUGGAGCACAACGUGGAGGUGAAGGCCAGGUCUCUGUACGUGGACGAGGUGCUCUGUGGCGGGCACCGCCAGCCUACCAUCAUACAAGACUUCUAAUGGGGCGUUCCCUUCACAACCAGUGAACCAUAGCUGAUGGAAGUAUUGGGUUGUUAAGGGGAAUGCAGUAGAGAGUUGUUUGUUGUGAGAGCUAUAUGACAUCCUGGAAACGAUUACCAAUAAAAAUGAAAUGGCAUCCAA